AUGAGUUCAAGAAUUAGGGCCUUUAUGCACAUGAUCUUGCUCUUCGUCCAAAUUUGUUAUGUUUCUGCACUCACAAAUGGUUUGGACACUUUUGCUUUAAAAGCCCUGAAGAAUGAAUGGACCAGGUUUCCUGAGAGUUGGGAAGGCUCUGAUCCUUGUGGAACCAAUUGGAUUGGAAUAACAUGUACCGAUGACCGCGUCGUAUCGAUAUCAUUGGUUAACUUUAACUUGGAAGGAAACCUUUCUAGUUAUAUUUCAUUCUUGUCUGAAUUGCAAAUCUUGGAUUUAUCAUAUAAUAUUGGAUUGUCCGGACCGCUUCCACCAAAUAUCGGCGACCUUAAGAAGUUGAGGAACUUGAUCCUCGUGGGAUGUAAUUUCAGUGGUCAAAUCCCUGAGUCUAUUGGAUCACUAGAACAACUUAUAUAUCUCUCCCUCAAUUUAAAUCAAUUUAGCGGAACAAUUCCAGCUUCCAUCGGACGGUUAUCAAAGCUAUAUCGGUUUGAUAUAACUGGCAAUCAGCUCGAAGGAGAGCUUCCUAUUUCUAAUGGGACUACUUCACCAGGACUUGACAUGCUUUUUGAAGCAAAGCACUUUCAUUUUGGACAAAAUAAGCUUUCAGGCGAUAUUCCAGAGAAGCUCUUCAGCUCUAACAUGACUUUAAUACAUGUGGUAUUCAAUGAAAACCGAUUCACGGGAAAAAUACCAAACAGCCUCGGCUUAGUUAAAACGUUGACAAUAUUAGUCCUUGAUAGUAAUGAAUUAAGUGGAGAUAUUCCUUCAAGUCUUAAUAAUCUCCCAAAUCUAAAUAUGCUAGACUUGUCCAACAACAAAUUUACGGGUAUUCUUCCAAGUUUAACCAACUUGAGCAUGCUCACUUUCUUAAAUAUGGAAGGGAUCCAACUCAUAGGUCCGAUACCAAUGUUCCUCUUUAGCUCAGUUCAACUGAAAACUAUUAUCUUAAAGCGCAACGGGAUAAACGGAACAUUGGACUUUGGUACCAUAAAUAACAGCCAUAUGGAAUUUGUAGAUUUACAAUACAAUGAAAUUACUGAUUAUAGACCACCAACUAAUAAACGCAUCCAAGUAAUCUUGGCAGAUAAUCCGGUGUGCAAAAGUGGGAAAUAA